CGCUCUCUAAUGGCUGGACAACAACAACUGUCGCCGAGUGACAAACUUUCACAAACUUCUACUCGGACAAAAGAAAGUUGGAAAUAGCGACGUAUUUCGGUUGUAUAACAGUUUAUUCGCGUUUGCCAGUUUUUCCUUGUGAUUACAAAUGCGGAAUUACUGAUGGAUUCGAGGUAUGACAUACCGCGGAGGGCCACCGGCGGGGGCUCCGCGAAUUCGUCCCCCGCUCUGGGGGCUCAGUCGCGCCGCAGGAAGAUGCCUCCCAGACCCGCUGAUUUCAAACUCCAAAUUAUCAUUAUUGGCUCCCGUGGUGUCGGUAAAACCAGCAUCAUGGAAAGAUUUACCGAUGACACUUUCUGUGAAGCUUGCAAGUCGACUGUAGGAGUUGACUUCAAAAUCAAGACAGUGGAGCUGAGAGGAAAGAAGAUCAGACUACAGAUAUGGGACACUGCUGGCCAGGAGAGGUUCAACAGCAUCACAUCAGCCUACUACAGAGGCGCCAAGGGAAUAGUGCUCGUGUAUGACAUCACCAAGCAGGAGACCUUUGAAGAUCUGCCCAAAUGGAUGAAAAUGAUUGACAAGUACGCCUCGGAGGAAGCUGAGCUUCUCCUGGUCGGGAACAAGUUGGACUGUGAGACGGAUCGUAUCGUCUCCAAACAGCAGGGAGAGAGGUUUUGCUCUCGGAUAAGUGGAAUGCGCUUCUGCGAAGCUAGCGCCAAGGAUAAUUUCAACGUCGACGAGAUCUUCCUGAAGCUUGUGGACGACAUUCUUAGCAAGAUGCCUCUGGAAGUUUCCAACAAUGAGCUUUCCAACAGCAUCCUGUCUCUGCAGCCUGAACCGGAAGUGCCACCUCCCCGCAUGCGCUGUUGCUGAGAGUGGUGGUCUCCCAUCUUUCUCACAAACACACACACACACACAUGCACACACACACACAGAUACACACACAGAUACACGCACACGUAUAGCACAAAGCUCAUAGCACCAAGCACACACGUGCAGAGUACCAACCUGGCCACCAGGGGGCAGCCAACAGCAGCAGUUUUGAGUUACUAACUGUUGCUGUAAGAUGCAUGGACUCUCAACAACCAGUAUUAUUCUCCCCAAUUUCUUCUGCUCCCGUUUCAUAACUGUUCACUAUGACAUGAAGGACUCUAACACUUAGGCCUGAUGAAUCACCUACUUCCUACCACCCCUUUUGUCUACACUUGAGCCAGACUACCUCAUUCUAGACCAUUAGGCUAGCUGUGCCUCGCAGGUGCCUUCGAGGUAGAAAGCCCUCUGGUAGCAGUUACACGUUGUACACGGAGGCUGAUUGUUGAGGGCCUUCCAGCUUCCUGAUGAAUACUCAUCAACUAUACUGUACUCUAAGUGUGACAUUGUUUGAGUUGCCCCGAUGGUCUGGUAUUUCUGCAUCAUCUAGCUUAAAGAAAAUGGAUAACAAUAGCUUCUGUCUCUUGAGCUUUGUUUAAAUUCUGGAUCUCGGUACAGUAGUUUUAUUUUCUUAUUAAUUAAUAGGUGUUAUUAGCAAGUGACGAGUUGACUUGAGGUAAACAAAAGCACAUUAUGUAAAUAUGGUGUGUUGCUGUAAAGACUGGACAUGGUGCAGAUGUUUGCUGCCAGCAUUCGGUGGUUGUGUGGUGGUGGAUCAUAUCAGUUUAUAUUCCUUUGCCUUAAAGUGUUAAAGUGGCUGGAACAGCUCAUUUCACAUUUGUAUAAAUUUGUAUGUUUUGCACUACAAUCCAUCUCGCCUAGUUAAGCUGACAUGUAGAAAAUAGAAAUUACACUACUCGUAAUUUAGUAAAGAUCAACAUUGCCUCGCGAGUGGCCGUUCUGAUCUCCCUGUUGAAGAUGCAAGGAGAGAUGGGUAAUGUAGUCUCGAAGGGAUUGCUGUUUUUACAGGGGAAUUCUCCAUGUGUGUUACUGGCUUUUUAGAGGAAGUAGAGACAUUAAUCAGCUAGUGGACACACAUGGUUUUAGCCUUUGUUUUGGGUUUGUUACUAAUAUUGCAAAAUAUUUAGUUUUUCCUGUGAUUUCGGAUGCAGAAGAAUGUUUGUUUGAGUCCCUUUUGGCGGGGAAACAUGCCGAAAGGUUUGCUUAUUAUUUUAAGUACUCGGGUUGCUUUGAUCGGCUCGUAUCUGCUCAUUUUAAACAGGCUUUUAUUGCAGACUUGAUUUGAGUUCCAUCACAAAUGGAUGACGCAACGUCUUCAUGUACUUCAUGCUUGAAGGGGGUAAUGUUAAUAAGAAGAAUAAAUUUCUGAUUUGGCAGUUUGUUACAGACCAGUAUGGGUGUUUCCCAGAACUUGUAAAUAUAAAACAUUGAAAAAAAAUAUAGGCUAUGCAUAUUAAGCCCUCUUGUAUUCAUAGAUAAUUAAAUAAAUAAUUAUUGUAUUAUUUUGUUGGAUUAAUGCAAUAUUGUAGCACUGUGCGUUCUUCUUUUUUCUUUUUAUAUGUUUAAGUAAAAGUCUGAGGAAGGACGAGUCGAUUUAAAGGACCCGAUAUAAAAUGACCUUGACUGACUUUAAUUUAAUUUAUGUUAAAGUCAAUGUUCUGUGGACUUAAGCUGGCACAUGAUGUAUUUUUGAAUAGUUCCAUACCAAAACCCAAAAGAUUGUGAGACCUUUUUGCAAGCACAUAUUGCAAUAUGAUUACCAGCCAACAAACAACCGUACACAUGAUCUGCAACAAUUUAUCUUAUAUUUUGAAAUGACUUCUUUUGACAUUAUUUUGUGGACUGAAACCUUCAUUUGUCGCACUAACCCUUCGGUCUUUGUUUUAAUAGCCACGCCUUAUACUACUCAGUGUUUUAAUUACACUGUUAAGAAAUGCCUUUAUUUAAAAUGCGCGUCCUUUCAGAUGGAAGACUGUGCUUUGUAUUAAACCUGGUUUAAGUCUUUGAAAAAAGUGUUGGCAUGUUUAAAGCAGAUUUUGUGGUAUUUAUAACUUGUGGCAUUCUUGAACUAAUGAAAUGCAAUUAAAGAUAUCUAUAUUUAUUACCAUAUAA